ACUGCUGCUGCUGCUGCCGCGCGCUCAGAUGAUUCCACUCUCGCGCAGCUGAGUGUCGGCAGCUUCAAAGCUCAGCAUCACUUUCUUCCUUCCCUGUCACCGCACCACGAUUCCGCGAGGUUAGACCGGUCGCUCCUCAUCUCAGCGCGCCUGACCGUGCGCACCCGCGCCAGGCAAGCGACCCGCCGGGACACGGAAAAGAGGUUUAAAAGGGAGGGCUGCGGAGGAGACGGCAAAUGCUGAAGACCCGCGGCAGGUGGCCCUAGACCCCGACGGGGAGGGAGACAAGCAGAGCAGUGAUGGGACAGUUUUCCAGAGGAUGCUGCUGGAGUUUUGCCACCCUCCUGCUUCUUGGUUUGCAAGUCUCGGCCGCCUUAGCUCGAGGCCUUAGAGGUGAAGCCCUGCAGCAUGGCCAGUCUGGGACCCUGCCCCGAUUCUUGGAGGAGCCUGUCGAUGCCUACAUUAUCAAAAGUAACCCUAUCAAGCUCAGGUGUCAGGCACGACCAGCACUCCAAAUCUUCUUCAAGUGCAACGGUGAAUGGGUCCACCAGAGCCAGCAUAUGUCUCAAGAGCACACAGAUGUCGUGACAGGGCUGAAGAUCCGCGAAGUGAUGAUCAACGUGUCACGUCAGCAGGUGGAGGACUUUCACGGCCCGGAGGAUUACUGGUGUUUGUGUGUCGCCUGGAGUCACCUGGGAACCUCCAAGAGCCGCAAGGCAAGCGUCCGGAUUGCCUACCUCAGAAAGAACUUUGAGCAGGACCCCCAGGGCAUCGAGGUGCCUCUGAACGGCAUGAUUGUUCUGCACUGCCGUCCCCCAGAGGGAAUGCCAGUGGCUGAGGUGGAAUGGCUUAAAAACGAAGAGCCUCUGAAUGUUGGUGAUGAUGGCUUGAUUAGUAAAAAUGGUGACCAUGAUCUAAUCAUCUCAGAGGCCCGCCUCUCUGACUCUGGGAACUACACAUGUGUUGCCAGCAACAUCGUCGCCAAGAGACGUAGUGCCACAGCUAUGGUUAUAGUCUACGUGAAUGGAGGCUGGUCUUCAUGGAGCGACUGGUCCGACUGUAGCGUACGCUGUGGGCGGGGCGUGCAGAAACGGUCACGAACCUGCACAAAUCCAGCUCCUCUAAACGGCGGUGCCUUCUGCGAGGGCAUGUCAGCGCAGAAGAGCACGUGCAACACAGUGUGUCCAGUCGAUGGAGGGUGGGGGGAGUGGAGCGAGUGGUCUGUGUGUAGCUCAGACUGCGAUAGGCACCGCAGCAGAGAGUGCACGGCUCCUGAACCCAAGCAUGGAGGACGGCUCUGUGAUGGGUUCCCUUUGGCUGCGGAAAACUGCACAGGCGGCCUCUGUACACAGAAUCGAAAGUUGCUUCAUGAUGCAAAGCCACAGGGAGUGGAAAGAACCAGUGACGUAGCCCUGUACUCAGGCUUGGCUGCAGGGGUGGUGACCGUGGUGCUGCUGAUCAUCGCCGUCACUCUGUAUCGGCGGAGCCAAAGUGACUAUGGGGUGGAUGUCAUUGACUCCUCUGCCCUCACUGGGGGCUUCCAGUCUUUCAGCUUCAAGACGUCUCGUCAAGCAAACCCCCUGCUCAUUAAUUCCUCCAUGCAGCCUGAUCUGACAGUGUCCCGUACAUAUACCAGCCCCAUAUGUUUCCAGGACUCUAUUGACAAGGAGUUAAUGGCAGAGCACUCACUCCUCGACCCGCUGCCUGAUCUUAAAGCAAAAGGGACGACAGAAAGGGCAGAGUACCACGUUAUGUCCCACCCUCAGACAUUUCCACGGGGCUUGGCCCCAGACUACAGAGGGGUUGCAGUGGGGACAACACUGGGCAGGAGAAGCAAAAACCUUUUCACUCCACGGGUCUUUCAGACGCUCAGCAGGCCUCUGCAUAAAGCAACGGCAGUGUUUGGCCAUGCUGGAGGCAGGCUGGUGGUACCCAACACAGGUAUCAGUCUGUUGGUGCCUCACGGGGGGAUCGCAGAAGACACUACCUGGGAAAUGUACAUGAGCAUCAACCAGGAGGACAGCAGCACUGUGCCGGAGGAUGGGGCAGAGAUCUUUCUGAGUCCUGCAGUCACCUAUGGUCCUCCAGGCCUCGACCUGUCCUGCCCAAUAGCCAUGACCAUAGCACAUUGUGCCGAGGUCGCUGCUGAUAACUGGAACAUCAGGUUAAAGAGACAAAUCCAGGACAGGUGGGAGGAAGUGAUGUCGGUGGAUGAGGAGAGCACAUCCUGCUACUGUCUGCUCGAGGCCCAGAGGUGCCACUUGCUGUUGGAGCAGCCGGGUCGUUACGCUCUGAUGGGGGAGGCGCUGAACCAGGAGGCAGCCAAGCGACUCAGGCUUGCCGUCUUUGGCAGUCCAGAUCCAAGUAACUCCCUGGGUUUCUGUCUCAGGGUGUACUGCGUGGACGACACUCCCUAUGCUUUUCAGGAGGUAGUCGUAGGGGAGCGCAGAAGAGGUGGAAGGCUCCUUGAAGAACCUAAAAGGAUGCUGUUUAAGGGAAACACUUUCAGCCUCCAGGUGUCCAUCCAGGACGUCCCACGGUUACUGUGGAGCAUCAAGCCUUUUACCACCUGCCAGGAGUUCUCCUUUUCUCAGGUGUGGGCCAGUAACCGGAGUCCCCUGCAGUGUGCCUUCUCUUUGGAGCGAUAUAACCUCUCCCCAUCUCAGCUUUCCUGCAAGAUCAGCGUGCGGCAGGUCACAGGAGAGGAGCAGAUACUCCAGAUCUACACAUCUGUUGUGGAGAAUGAAAAAGGAGUGGCCCCCUUUUUCACUCAGUCCGACUGCACCAUCACCUCUCAGACAGGGUCAAAGGCCUUCAAAAUCCCCCCAUCCAUCCGUCAGCGGAUCAGCGCCACCUUUGACACGGCUAAUGCCAACGGGAAGGACUGGCAGCUGCUGGCUCAGAAGCUCCACAUAGACAGGAACCUGGGCUACUUUGCAUGCCAGGAGAGCCCAUCCUCAGUGAUUCUGAGCCUGUGGGAAGCCCAGCACCAGGACUCUGGAGACCUUGACUCUCUGGCCAGUGCACUUGAGGAAAUCGGAAAAGUUCAGUCCCCCAGGGAAGCCGGCACCCUUGGCUGCAGUAAAGAAGACUCUGAACUGACGAGACUUGGGUAGGGAGGGUCUACAGCCGAGCAAGUCAUGACAAACCUUUACUGCAUGAACACCAGUGACCAGGUGUGCUGAGUUACCCACUGAGAGGAGGAGACUGUUACUAAAGGAACACCUCUGCUAAACCAAAUGGUCCAUACAGACACAACAAAGUCAAGAACGGAUCAAGACAUGAGUAUUUGUGUUAUAAGAGGCACUAAUGUAUUUUGGGAAAGGUGAUCAGUAACGUAGUAAACCAUCAAUAAUUGAGAAUUAUCCGCAAAAGCUCUAAAUCUCAACUCAAUCACUCAUAGUCGGUGAUUUUUAGAUCUCUGUGUGAAGAGUUCCCUUCAGUUGGAUGAAGUAGGUAUCAAACACGUCUUUCUAGAACCAGAUGUAAUCAGAUAAUCAACAAGGCCAGUACAAUAAAAAAGUAUUCUCUCAUUUAUUUUAUAGAUUUCUGAGGAAACUUAUUUUCUUCAUUGUAUAUUUAAUCGGUUUAAAGAAGAAAAAGUAAGACGUUUUUUCUCUCCAUUCCAGAAGGUCAGAGACACUAACUGUGAUUAGUAUCUGAAAGGACACACGUCCACAUGAUGAGGAGAUAAUAGAUGGAUGAAUCACGCUGAUAGCUGUAAUUUUAAGAAUCAGCCACAAGCAUGCAGGAACAUUUUCAGCCCUUGCAGACAAAGAAAAAUAUCAAAGCAGAGGCCGCAGAGGAGGAACAGGCUGAUCUGUGGCUCAUCUGGAAAUCCAGCCAGAGGUGAACCACAUCCCUGCUGAGUUCAAGUAAUCAGCAUCUGGUUAAUUUAAAGCAAAUUCAAUAUGUGACGUGUGACUUCAUCCUCCAAAGCCACUGCAAAGCCUUCAUAUUUCUGGUGUGUAUUUCCAAGACCCCUGGGGCUUUUUUUUUUUUUCCUCUUUCCUAUAUGUUGAAUUAAAAUUUGGACUUUUGAUGUGUGGCUUGAGUGGAGCAGCUUCUUCAGCAUCCAGAGUUUAUCAAAUAGCCAGCCAUCCUCAACUUCACCUUCUGUUGACUCAGCAAAACCUUCUUGAUUUUAAAAAAAGGUCCCCACAGUCAGUGGCCCCAGGUGGCCCUAAGCUUAAUAAAGCCACUUUUCCGUUGAAUUCAAUGUCGGGACUCCCUUCUCAUCUGUUAAGUUAAUUCACUUCUGGCCGACCAGGCAGCCCACAUUACAGUGCAGCUAAGAAAUCUGGAGGGACUUUGAAAACUGCUUUCAAAUAAAAGAUGAAACAGAGAGCCCCACAGAGUGCAAUGAUAUCACACAGAAUAGGUUCAUAAAGUAUCAUCCAACCUUAUUGGCACUGUUGGUAAAUAUGUUUAAAAAGCUUUGAAAUCAAUGUUUCUUUUAUUUUAGCCAAACAUUUCCACAUUAAAAAGCAACUUAAGUUAAUUAACGGAAAGAAAACCCCCCUAGGGAGUGAAAUAUUCUGUUUGUUUUUUUAGAAAACCAAUAGGGUUAAAGACAACCAAGCCUGGUCCUCUGUUAUGUUUUAUUUGGAUGGACGACAAAAGGAGAUAUCUUUGGAUGUUUAAAGUUCAUAAGCUUAGAGGGUUUCUCAGAAUCUCGGAGCAUCAUACAUCCUCCACUGUACUUAGUAACAGUCUCACAGUGCUAAUCCACUUUUUAUGCAACAUAGAAUGUUUCAGUAGAAAAAGCUCAGUUUUAGAGCAAACAUGUUUCCAGCACAGUAAGUAAACAGAGAUCUAUGAUUGUAAUGGUAGGGCAGAAAGGUUAUGUUCUUCUCUUUCAAAUAGCUGCUUAUCAGAUUGUGUUUUUAUGGGGACCAAGUGAUUUCAACUCCAGUAGUUCUCAAACACAAAGCUUUGGAAAUGCUUUAUUUUUUUAUGUCCAUUCUCAUCUUCCUCAUUGUGUCUGGUAGCAAAAUAAUUAUCCCAACAAAGGCCAGUGGCGGACAAUAAUCUUCUGCUGCUCAGUGUGUUUAUAUCCUGAGAAAACAUGAAUUUUCAAAAGUUUCUUGACAGUUUGAUUAGCGUAAAAGAGUUUAUUCCAGACUCAAUCCCCAUACAGUAGCUAUGUUUAUUUUACAGCCACUAUUAUAAGUAUGAGCACAUAUGACACUAUGGAUUUCUCUCAUUUUUCUUCCCUGAAUGAAUGAAAUGAAGGACUGAAUUUCUUUUGGAAUUUUUAUGUUGUUUUUUUUUGUUGUUGUUAGUACUGCAGAUUUUUACCCAUUUUUACCAAUGUUGACAAUGAGUGUGGAGCACUAGAGUUCAAUGAAAAGCUAGGCAAAUGAAAAAACAGGCCUUGAUAACUCAGAUAAGGUCAAUUCUUUGUCACUUGCAGCUUUCGAAAAUAACAGCUAACUUUUCACAUUAAAUAGAUGCUCUGCAUUCAAAUCACUUUAGUUAUUGCUUCAGGCUCAGUAUAAAACCUUGGAAACCAGCAAACGAUGAUCUGAAUCCCUUUAGGAAUGUAAAAAGAUCUUCAGAUCUCUCUCUAUGUAAAAACACGAAGAUAAAAGGAUCUAUAAGACUUUUUUUUACCUUUAUGUGAAGAUAAAAACGGACCCGUUCCUUCAUGGAUAUUGUAACUGUUUCUUGUCUCAGACGUGAAGACCAAAGCAGAAUGAUUUGGUUCCUUCGCCUCACAGGCAGGAAAUUCUUGCUGAUUAUUUUUUUUUUAUUUAUUGAAAUACAUUGAGAUAUUCAGUUACACAAGAAUGCAUCUCAUUCAUCAACUGCUGAGAUGUGUUUUCAAUCAGGACUGUUUAAAGAAAACGACCCAUGUGGUUCCCUCCAAGCCUAUUCAGACGUUCAACUAAAGAACAUUACAAAAUUAGGACCUCAUGCCAUUAGUCUCUCCUACAUGUCACUAUGUAAAGAAAUGUCCUCUAAGAUCUGCUAAUAACAAGUUUCUUUGUAAAAUACCAGAAGGAUCAAUAGCCCUUAAAACUUGUAUUUCUGACUAUACAACUGGUUACUCAUACAGGCUGUUAUCACUGUGUUGCUGUUACAAUUCUUUAUGCUUUGUUGUGUAAGCUGCUCCAUCUGCCUUUCUCCCUUAAAAAAAAACAUUUCUUAAGCUGAUGAAUAAAAAAAACCUAUACAGACAAAUUUAACUGGAUUAAAAAUUGCACAUAAAAGUGUAGUCAGUGUGAUUUUAAUAGCUUCCUAAAUAAACUACAUUUUUACAUUACCUGUUGGGAAGAACAGCUUUAUUCCAGGAAGAAUUGGCAAAGAGCUAUUAGCAUAUUAUCGCUUAUAGAUGAAUGGGUCCCAAAGCAAGCUGUCAGCAGAGGCUUUCUUUGGCAAAUGAUCUAAAUGCUAUAAAUAUUGUUGUGGAAAAAAAGAACAAAAAAAAAGUCAUUGCAGCCAGAAGCUGAAUUCAUUAUAUAUUUAGUUUCCUGGUCUGUUGCCCGAGAAAUUCCAGCGACACAUUUGUCAUUUCCUGAUUUCUCUCUUUUAAAGUGACACGACCGUCUCUGCUGAAGUACAAUAUAUGCUUUGAAACUCCUGCAAAUUCUUGGGUGAGAGACAAUUUUUAUCACUUUAGAUUAUGUAUUAAAUACCAUAUUGCAUUAAUAAACUUAUUUGAGCUUUGGAUUAAGUUGGGUUUUAGAAAAAGCUUCCAAGAAGCAGGCUUUGAAAAGUCCAUUGGAUGGGGCUACAUGGUGAGAAAACAAAGAGAAAAGCAAAGAGAAGAUGAGACU